AUGCUGCAAGUAAAAAAACAAUCAUCAAAAAAAACACCAUACAAUAAAACAAAUUUAAAAAAAAAAGUAAAUUCAUUUUUAUGCACUAUCGGAUACUGUUUUGACGAAGAGAAAUUAAAUGACUGUCAAGUUUCAAGACCAGCUGGAACACAAAUUAUUACAGAAGUAUUUGGUUCUGUUACAGAAAACAAUAGAACAUUUUUUGUAGAUCCAUUAUAUAUACGAAUACUUCUAAUUAGACUUUAUCAAACACAAAAAAAUUUUGCUUCUUUUGAAUAUAUUAUUCUACAUAAUAUUUUAAUUUAUAUUAAUUUUGUAAUUUUACAAAAUGAAGAUCAUACUCGAACUAUUGAAAUUUCAACAACUGGAAACAAAAAUAGUAGAAUUACUCUAUUAAUCUCUUCUCUCAAAAUUAAAAGCUUUAUAUUACAACUUUGUGAUAAAGAUUUUGCUCAUAAAAAAUCUUCAGAUAUCUUGAUCAGUGAUUUAUUAGUUGAUAAAAAUCUUCGUAAAAUAAAAUUUGAUACUAGAAAAGUUAAAGUUGAACUUGAAUCUGAAAUAACUGUUGAAUGUAAUGCAUGCGAUUUUACAAAACAUGAAUUAAUUAUGUGUUUAGAUCUUAAAAAAAUGCUUGUUUGUCUUAAAAAUAAACCAAGUGAAGAACAUAAUCUUAACAUAUUAAAUGUAGGAAUUCUUGGGUUUAUGACAGAUGGUUACAUUGAAAUGUCAUGGAGUCCUCAUUUAAGAG